AUGGAUAGCAAUUCUGCAACCUCAAAAGACGCUCUAUUCACAUUCUAUAUUAAUGAAGAAAUCAAAACAAAUACACAAAAUGUCGAAUUUACAUUAUCAUCUCCAUUGAAACAUACUCCGUCAAGUGAUAAUCAUAUCUUUUUUGAUAAUUCAUCAAAGACCCCAAAGAAAGAUAAGAAAAUAAUCAUUAUUGGAGUAGCAGUUGCAAUUGUUAUAAUUGUCAUUAUAAUUGCUGCUGUAAUCCUAAUUUGUGAGGCAAGAAAGCCAGCAAAACAGUUUAGUCAAGAAAAUGUAGAAAAAUAUGAUAUUAAUAAUGGAAUUGGAUGCGAGAUAGAUAAUCCAUUAUAUACUUCGAAUAUUCAAGAGAUUGACCCAUUUAAAGACGAUUUCAGCGAUGAUCAAUAUAAUGGAAAUAUAGUUUUGAAGUCAAUGAUGCCUUAA